GUAUACAGGCAGCCAUCCGUAAUCCAGAAGCUAUUCUCACAAUCGUGAAUGAUAGAAUGGGCAGCACUUUACGCUCUCGUAAUCCAAAAUCAUCGUCCUGUCUUUGAUGGACUACGACGUCUCCUUGCCCUCCAGAGCCUAUCAUCCUCGGGUCAAGGAGAAUCUCUGUGUCAUUGUUGUGGGCUUGGUUAUACGCGCAGACAAGGUCCUGCUUAUUCAAGAAGCUAAGAAUUCCUGUCGUGGGCUCUAUUUCCUUCCUGCUGGGCGUCUAGAGGUGAAUGAAACACUUCUGGACGGCGUUCGGCGAGAGGUACUGGAAGAGUCGGGUCUAGUAUUUGAACCACGAAGGUGUGUUCUUGUUGAAAUUAAUGGUCCUUUUUGGAUAUCGGUCACGUUCUUGGGCGAUGUGGUUGGAGGUUUUCUCAAGGCCAGUGCGGAUUCAGAGUCCCUUGGAGCUGGAUGGUUCUCCCUUGACCAGAUUCGGGAGGCCGAAAGGGCUUGGGUGCAAAACCGGCGUAAUGAAUCUUCAGCCAAUCGCAGCCACUCCGAGGGUUCCAGUUUUGUCCUUCGUGCUGCUGUUCUGCACAUGAUUGAGGCAGGUCUGCGGUACUUAUCCGCCAACCGGUCCUCCCCUGAUCUAUCGUACACACUUACCUCCUGUAUCCACUGCAUUCUCUAUCAGUUAGCCAUUGUUUGGGCUGGUAAAACAGAUUCUCAUUCCUCUGCCUCGCCAACCCACUUGUUGUUGUCAGGCUCUCGACUUCCAGCCUUUCGUCUGAAUGGUGGUCAUCCAGUGGAAAUGAUUGAUAAGUUCAUCCAGAGCUUGUUUUCAACUGACCUCAAUACUACGACCGCCAACCUGACUCACUCCUGGGAUACGGAGAAUAUUUCUGUUUUAGGCGUGGCUGUCACGCCCAGAUCGCCGCCGAACGACCCCAACCAAGCGGACGGUCUCCUUGUCACCCUCCGCGUCAUUCACCUGGCUCGAUUUCUCCCCACACCGGGGCAUGGUUACCAAUGGCAUGAGCUGCAAUCGUUGGACAAACUUUUCCAACCGCUCGCACAGCUGGUUUCAUUGCCAUUCAAUACAGACCUUCUUCCACCCUACCUGUAUCAUAGUGUCCACAGAAUGAAUCCAGCAAUGAUAAGAAAGACAAACAAGUUCUGAUGGCAUACAGGCAGUGGUGCUCGUUGAACCAGGGUGUUUCCAAUAUAUGUUGAGGAUCUUUCAUCUACCAGUCGGACCUUUCACUGCGUUGGUCUGUACCUUGCAGUAGAUGUAGUUCACUUUAUGUUUCUCUUUCCUGUAGCUAUUUGUUUUUUAUCUAUUUAUCUCUCUGAUGGUACUGUGAUUUGCUCAUGUGAAGCGACCUAUAAACCCUAGAUAUCUUAUUUAAUUGCAAGUUUCCAUAGCGAAACAAAGACCUGCUAUUUUUAUUAACCUUUUUGUUUUCUCUUAACGUUUUUUCAGUACCAUAGAUACUAUCACAGGCGAUAUGAACACAUAACAGUUGAUCCAUUUUAAGUAAAACAGUUAUGGCCAAUCGUUGAGAUGCCCCG